AUGACCAUUCUUUAAAAAAUAACAAAGCUGAUCGCUAAAACUUCAAUGAUCACAAAUUAAUGACCGAUGUAUGGUAUUCAACUUGUGCAACGAACGUACACGCCCAGCGAAGUUAUAAUCGCAAAGUAAAUAGAAAACAUUAACUAUGAGAAUAUUCUGAUAGUCGAUCGAAUUUUUUAUUUAGUUUAUCUUUUCGUUGUUGACUAAGCGUGGAGGAUGUCUGUAAGUGCUUCGGCCGAAAACCUCUCAACUGACGCACAAAGUUGUGAUGGCGGCUCAAUGUGUUUGGAACUGGCGCUGGAAGGCGAGCGCCUAUGCAAGGCCGGGGACUGCCGCGCUGGCGUGGCAUUCUUCCAGGCCGCGAUACAGGCAGGCACCGAUGAUCUCAGAACUUUAAGCGCUAUAUACAGUCAACUAGGCAAUGCUUACUUCUAUUUAGGAGACUAUAAUAUGGCAAUGCAGUACCACAAACAUGACUUAACUUUAGCUAGGACAAUGAAUGACAAAUUAGGAGAAGCAAAAGCCUCAGGUAACUUAGGAAAUACACUUAAAGUGAUGGGCAAGUUCACAGAGGCAAUACAGUGCUGUAAGCGCCACCUAGAGAUAUCCCGGAGUCUAGGAGACAAGCUAAGCGAAGGGCGUGCGCUUUAUAACCUAGGAAAUGUGUACCAUGCUCAGGGAAAGCAACUUGGCAGAGUCGGGCAAAAUGAUCCUGGACACUUUCCACAAGAGGUGCGCGAGUGCCUCAUGCAAGCAGUUGCCUAUUAUGAAGAGAAUCUGGAGCUGAUGCGCAGCCUUGGCGACAGGCAGGCCAUGGGCCGGGCGUGCGGCAACCUGGGCAACACCUGCUACCUGCUCGGCGACUUCGCGCGCGCCAUCCGAUACCACACGGAGCGGCUGCAGAUAGCGCGCGACUUCGGAGACAAGGCGGCCGAGCGUCGUGCCAACAGCAACCUCGGGAACUCACACAUAUUCCUUGGACAGUUUGAAAACGCCGCAGAACAUUAUAAACGCACGCUGUCGCUGGCGGAGGAGCUGGGCGAUGCGGCGGUGGAGGCGCAGGCGUGCUACUCGCUGGGCAACACGUACACGCUGCUGCGCGAGUACCGCGUGGCCGAGGAGUACCACGCGCGCCACCUGGCCGCCGCGCGCCGCCUGCACGACCGCGUCGGCGAGGGCCGCGCCUGCUGGUCGCUCGGCAACGCGCACGCCGCGCUCGGCAACCAUGAGAAAGCGCUCUAUUUCGCCAACGAACAUUACAACAUAUCCAAAGAACUCGGUGACGUCCUGGGCAUGGCGACUGCUCAGAUGAACAUUGGCGAUCUCCGCAAGGUGCUUGGGAUGCCGGCGGAGGCUGACGACUCUCCCCCCGCGCCUCCUUCCGACGACGACAGCGCACCCCGCACUCCAUUCAACGCUCUGCGAGUUCGAAGACAGAGCAUGGAGCAAUUAUCUCUAAUUCAGAUCACUCCUGAUGCUAAGAAGAACGAGAAGGAACCUGAAGCCGAAACGAAGAAGGAGAUCCCGCGCACCGAGUCCGAGGACAACCCGGAGUCGUUCUUUGACCUGGUGCUGCGGUGCCAGUCGGGGCGCAUGGACGAGCAGCGCGCCAUCCUCAACAGCAACAAGGAGAACCGGCACAAGCCCAAGCCGAACGCCAACAAGAUUCAGAACAUGGGGUCCAGUGACACGAUGUUGGAUAUGAUAAACAGUCUCCAGUCGGAGCGAAUCGACUCGCAGCGCGCCGAGCUGCGGCCCGCGCAGAAGGCGACGGGCAAGGAGCCUGGGCCUGGUACCUCGCUGCCCGGGCUGCGCGCGCAGCACACCACGCACUCCAAGCCUGAGGAUGACUUCCUGGAGAUGAUCGCGCGCGUGCAGGGCUCUCGUCUCGAGGACCAGCGCACCGAGCUGCCGCGCCCGCGCCCCGAGCCUGCCAAGCCGCGACCGCGCCAAGAGAACAAGGGGACGCUGCCCGACGACGACUUCUUCUCGCUCCUCAUGCGGGCUCAGGGGGGCCGCAUGGAGGAUCAGCGCGCUGCUAUCCCGAUUAAGAACAACAGCGCUCCCAAGAACGACACCAACGCGAAGAAGUAGACAGGCGUUGAGAGUGUUGUACGCGACACUGCACGUCCAGCGAUGCGAUAUAUUAUUUCAAUUAGUGAGGAUUAAGUUGUCGCUCGUUGAACAUUAGUUUAAUAGUUUGCACGCGAGUCUUUUCGGCGGCCUAGCACUAGCGAUCGACUUCAAUCACAUCGACUGCCUCCUGCCAAUAACAUGUAAUUGAUUAAAGAAACGUAAUUAUUUUCUUUAAUGUUUGAAUAUCAAUAUUAUUAUUAUAAUGAGGUACUAUAUAAAUAUGCACUUAGGCUACAAUGGGAAUACAGUAUUGUGUAACUAGAUUACUGUAGUAAGGAGCCAGUUGAAGGAAGACUUGGUAUUCUAAUAUUGAUUUAGCUAUUCUGGGGUGCACGUUCGUUGUUGUAACCUAGGUAUACAAUACUAUCUCCCAUUGAAAUGGUGCCAAUCAUUUUUAUAGCACCUUAUACAAAAUUAGAUUUAAUAAGAAAUUGACAUAUUUAUGUGUUUUAUAAUUAAAUGACAUAUCGACUAAUAAAAAUUAGGGAUAUUUUUGUUAACAAACAUCCGGCCUCUAUUGAAUAGUUUUACAAUAAAGAUGACUAGUAGUUGUAAUGUUUCGUUUGUGUUGACGACACAGUGCAUGGCGCAGGCGGCGACACGCGGCGAGGCUAUACCUAAGUACACAACGCUACAAUAUUCGUCUGUUGCUAAAUUAUUUACUUUGCUACGUAAGUGCCUGACGUCUUCGUCUUUGUUGUUAACUGCGCGUCUAUAUUAUUACUAUUAUGUACUCAUUCGCUCUAAUUCGAUAUGUUAUAAUAAUAUGACUAUUACUAUUAGUUUGACUAACAUGAAUUUUAAAUAAUGCAUUUUUAAUUAUUAACAAUCUUAUAUAUUUUGAAUAAUAAUGAAUAAUAAUUGAAUCGAAAUUUGUAAUGUAAAUUAUGAUAGUGCUCCACUGUUGGCAAUAAUUUAAUUUAUAAAUUGAUAGAAUUGUUAGUUGUAAGCGGUAACCGUAGGUAAGUGACGCGACAGCGACAGCGCGUGGAGCUCGCGCCGCCCUGCGUUACCGGACCUAUUGAUGAUGUUUCAUCUUUGUCUAUGUAAUUAUACACUAUAAUGCCCACAAGUGAUCUUAUUAACUGAUUGUGAUUUUUUAUGUAUUUAUUUUUACUCAAUGACUUACUCCUGUUUCAUAUUGUUUACCAAAAAUAUUAACAACUGUAGUUAGUUUUUGUUAUUUCGUAUACAAUAUUCAUUCCAAAUGCAUUUAGGUACUAUAUAUUAUAACGUAUACAAAUGUGUUCUAUUUAUAAAAAUAUUCUCUUUGAAACAACUAGUUUGGAGAUGAGGACUUGGACUAUUGACUGUUAUUUUAAUGAAUAAUCGAAUAUUAGAUAGCAAUGCAUGAUAACACGACACAUGAGCGCAGAGUGGAACUAACUAGUGACACGACACUAUUGACUCACCUCUUACAUUUCUCGCCAACUAAUAUCACGACUACAUGUGCUAUAGUAUUUGUAGUGUUCCCUGUGGCAAUAAGUCACCACACACAUUGUAGUAAUCUGUCAACUUGUGUAAUUAAUAAAAAAAGUAAGUUCAUGUGUGCGGACAUCAUAAGUUUUAUAACAAACUAAUGCAGGCAUUGCGGCCGCGAUUGGCCAAUGUUCGAAUAUUUUGACGGUGGAGAUGAGUCUUGUAAACUUUAAUACUUUAAUCGAAUCGAAGAAUCUUAAUACAUAGUUAGGAGAUAUAUUUCAAAUUUAUAAACCUAAAUUUGUACAAUGAACUAUUUGGAAUAAUACUUACUAUAAAAAUUUUAUGUUCAUUGUAAAUAAUAAUCUAAAUUUAUAAUUAUAAUGUAAGAAAUUGUUAAUGUAGGCCAAUAAAUGCCAAACUACACAUUUGAACUGA